GGACCCCGAUUUGUUUCGUUCCCCAUCCUCGCGGCCGCUCCACCGCCGCCGCCGCCCUCCGCUCCGGUCGCCGAAGUCCCCGAUUCAGAUCCAGGUACCCCCCGCGCUGAGAUCCCUCCCCUCGUCUCCCAAUCGCUCGCGGCCGCGUCCAGAUCCGACCGGGAUCGCUCGUACGUCCCGUCGGAUCGAUCCGCGGUGCGAUCCCUGCAAGGGCCCGAGAGAUGGACGCGAGCAGGCGCCAGAGCGGGAUCCAGCAGCUGCUGGCCGCGGAGCAGGAGGCGCAGCAGAUCGUCAAUGCGGCUAGGGCUGCUAAGUCGGCAAGGCUUAAGCAAGCGAAAGAGGAGGCUGAGAGGGAAAUAGCUGAAUACCGUAAACAGAUGGAGGCUGAAUUCCAGAGGAAGGUUGCAGAGAGCAGCGGUGACUCUGGUGCAAAUGUCAAGCGUCUCGAGCUGGAGACGGCGGCGAAGAUCGAACAGCUCAAUCAACAGGCUGCAAGCAUCUCCCCAGAAGUCAUCCAGAUGCUUCUGAGGCAUGUCACCACCGUGAAAAACUGAGCCUUGCUGUGCCUGAAAAUAUGAUUGGAAGCUUGUAUCAUCUGUCCAUUUAUUAUUUCGGAGAGCGUGGUGAGAAAUAAUUUGACUUAUGGCUGUAAUUCCUUGACCACGGAAUAAGCUGCUGCAGUAGAGCAGCAACCGUACUGGUACUGUCAGAUCUUGCUUUGUUUGGUAUAUUGGUAAAUAUUUUCUUCAUGUUCAAAUUUUGAACAUA